AAGUAUUCCGUGAGCGAGCCUUUGUUUCGUGACGUCACGCCCUCACCGAGAGCGCGCGCGGAAACGAAACAUGGCUGAAAUGGUAACAGACAGUGACGGGGGUGUAACUGUAUCAGACCCUCCAAAACAACCCCCCAAACGCCGACGCAUCCUCGACGCUUCCUCCAUCACAACAGUACCUGUUUACUCCAACAAGGUAAACAGCUCCUUAAAUCUGAAGCCAAUAACCUUCAAACACACCACUCUCACAGAUGAGGAAAAAGGUGGUCCUCUGUGGUCUCCUUCCCCACCUCGUACAGAGAGACGGCCAGUCAGCAUUGAUCUGAGUGGCUCAGAGGAGGAGCCAGAACAGACUGAAGCUCAGCAGAUCCUCCGUUCCCCCUCUCCACCCCCUCCACCAUGUAGUCCACUACUGAAACGGAGCAGACGGGCAAACCCAAAAAUACAAGAAAUCCACAGGAAAUUGGAUGCGAUUGGCUCUCUGGUGUGUCUCUCGCCUGAGCCUCAGCAGCCUGUGGUUGAAUACAGAAACUCUCCAUCUCCUGUGAAUGACUCUGAUGAUGACAUCAUCAUCAUUUCUUCUGACAGCAAAAAGAAACGACGUCCCCAAAAUGCUGAGGACAGAGACUCAGCACGAGAAAUUUCACUAAAAUUUCGCUGUCGAACAGAGUUGUACAAAAUCCCAAUACUGUCUACGGCUCCGUUGAGUAAAGCUGUGGAACAGUUGGCCAACAAACUCAAUGUCCGACCCAGCCAAAUUCUGUUGUUAAAGAAAGAUAUUGAUCUCCCAAUUCACUCGUCCGUCAGUGAGCUGGGUCUCGGCAUAGCUGACAUUAUAGAUUGUGUAGUAACAGAGAAUAAACAAGAAGAGAGUGACAAAAGUAAUGUCAUUACUGUGCGACUGCAAGGCAAAGAGAAAGCAUCUGUGCAGGAGUAUUCCCUACAAAAGAAUGCUCCUCUAGGAUCCAUCCUGUCUCAGUACGUCUCUGGUUUGAGCGCCAGUGCUAGACGGAAAGCCAAAUUUCUCUUUGAUGGGUCAAGGGUCUCGUAUAAUCAGACUCCAGCUGAUCUGGACAUGGAGUACGGUGACGUCAUUGAAGUCUGGACCUAAACGCCCUCAAAUAUUGAUGUUCUGUACUUUUUCAAAACCAUGUUCUGUAAUGCAAUGUAACAUGUAAUAUGAUAUGGUUUCUGUGGUUCGCAAGGACGGAGAAAAAUAUUUGUAGAGGAGACUUCUUUUUAGAAAAAUGUAAUUUUUUUUAAGAUUUCAUGAACAAUACACAUUUGACGUGUUUGAAGACAUGCAAAAACAAUAUAAAGUCAG